CACACUCAACUAACACUCUCUGGAAGAUUAUGAAGUCCUUCAGGUUUUCUGUUGCAGUGAUGAUCAUACUUGCCCUCUUUUAUAUUCAAGAUGGUUACACCUUCUCUACUGAUAAUGGGGAUCCUAACCAGGAUAUGGUGAAAAGAAGAGAUGAAGAGAUGAUCUAUGAGAUCCCAGCGGACCACUGGAAGGUGGCAUACAACAACAGACAGAAACGUCACACUGAACCUGGAGCUUGCCGCUUUUGCUGUUCGCAAAACUGCUGUGGCCGGGGGGAUUUCUGCGGCCUCUGCUGCUGUAACAUCACAAUGGACAAAUUCUUCACCAGUGUCCCUCCAGCUGAGAAGUUCCUCUUGGAGGAUGCUACUGUACAGGGCUGUGCCAGAGAAAACUUUAAGAAACUACAAUUUUCUGCUUACUUAACAAUUGAAGCUACUCAAGAGCGAAAAAUGAAGACAUUCAAGAUUGCAGUUGCAGUGAUCCUUUUGCUCACCUAUAUUUUAAUACAGGAGAGCUGUGCCUCGCCAUUUACUGAAGAAGAAGUAGAAGUGAGAGAUGGUGAAGGUUUGGAACAUUUUGAGAUGCAAUCAGAGCAAUCAAAGAUGGGUGGUUAUGUCAGAGAUAAACGCAGCAGGAAUGAGAAAGAUUGCCACUUUUGCUGUAAUUGCUGUCAUCGUGGGUCAACAUGGUGUGGUCUCUGCUGUGAAUGGUGAUUCCUGGAAUCUGUACUGGUACUUCUGUACUGUAAUCAAGCUCUUUUAUCACAAUAAACCUUAAUAUUGAA